AUGGGUGCCUCGGGCCGUUUGAUUUUUCAAGUACUGGUCAGCCUUCGUUCACCGGUGCUGAGUCUGAAGCAUAAUCCUGGCAUAUCAUGGAGGAGCUUGGCCCUCUCAGUGUUAAACUCUGUUAGUCCGAGUGACGCUUCUAGCGGUAUCCACAAAUCUAGAACUCAUAAGUGCGGCCAUCUGAGUACUAGAGAUAUCGGAAAAGUUGUAUGCAUUUACGGCUGGGUUCAUCGUAUUCGUUUGUCCAAGUUUUUGAUUUUACGGGAUUCAUUCGGUUAUGUACAAGUUCGACUGGACGAUGCCGUCAAGCGGCCUGUUUUUGAUUCGCCGUUCAAGACUCUUUCACGGGAAUCGGUGGUCAACGUUACCGGAACAGUCGCUGCGCGCCCGCCAAAAGAUGUGAACAAAGAACUACCGACUGGCGAAAUUGAAGUAUUGGCAAAUGAGGUGAAUGUUAUCAACCCCUUGCAGUUGCAGUGUUAUCUAUAUUUGGAUUUGCGCUCCAGUUUCCUUCAGCGCAAUUUGAAGUUUCGUUCCGAUUUCGUCCUUAAACUACGGAACUAUCUGUGCGACACUCAAGUAGAAACUCCUUGUUUGUUUCGCCGGACUCCCGGGGUAGAUUCAUCCUCAUAA